AGCCGCGGGGCGGGCGAGGUGGCGUGGGCCGUCUGGUGAGCUGACCCCCGGGUCGUCGCCCUCUGGCAGCAGAUUCUGGGCGUUGGCGGGGGUCGACUCCGACUCCGACGAGGUCGAGGAAGAACAGGUAAGUGACCAGGUAAGUAGCGGUGGUUCGCCGAGGCCGCGUGCGGCGUGCUCGGUGGGUGACUAUGUCGCCCGUGCGGAGGAGCUCGGGGGCUCGUUCGUGGCUGGUCGCCGGCGUGCUUUUGCGCCCGGUGGGCAUGGCGGGCGCCGCCUGGCGUCGCGCAUCUGGCGGCCGCCCCGGGGGGUGGAUGCGGGGCCAGAGGGUCGCUCUAGCCUCCUGAUGGUGGAGGGGCGCCGGGAUCUGGUGUCGGCGGUGACGCCUUCGGUCUCGGUGAGCUCGCCGUCGUUGACAGGGGUCGGCGGCGGCGGCGGGGAGGACCUGGCCGGGGCGCCGCAGGGCCUGGCUAGGGUUUCGCAGGCGUCGACGCCGAACGGGCCUGUGCCUCAGCUGGGCCUAGCUGAUUGUCCCAGUUUACCAGUGCGUGGGCCGGGGGGCCCAGCGGGUGACUUGGCCAUCCCUUCGCCAGAGGGGGCGCAGGGGCGCUCCCCUGUGCUUGGGCCGGACCUUUCUGGCCCGUUGGCCUUGAGCACUCCUGUGUCACUAGUAGAAAAAGGGGCUUUAGUCCCGGUUGGUAAGGCCCUUUAGUCCCGGUUUUUGAAUCGGGACUAAAGGGUCAUUACUAAUGCC